AUGGCCAGCGUCGACCGGUUCCCUUACAGCAGUGCGCCUGUGCGGCAGGUUAAGGCCGUGCAGUUUAGCGUCUGGGAUCCAGCCGAAAUCAAAGCAUACUCCGUCGCUGAACUUGUAACCAGCGAGACCUAUGAGAAGGGAAAGGCGAAGCUGGGUGGCCUGUCGGACCCCCGUAUGGGGACAAUGGACCGUGGUGGCAUCUGUACCACCGACGGUGCCAACGCUAACGACAGCCCGGGAUACUUCGGCCAUAUUGCUCUGGCACGGCCCGUGUACCAUAUCGGCUUCAUCAAAACCGUCAUCCGUGUGCUGCGCUGCGUCAGUUAUCACACGUCGCGGCUACUGGUUGACAAGUACGCGUACGGCCUCCGCAUCAGCGACUCGGAGAAGCGGCUGCGCUACUUUGUGCACUUGUGCCAGGGCAAGAAGGUGGACGAGACGACGGGCAACCCACAGCCGUCGUACAGGUUGGACGGGCUCAAGAUUAUGGCCGAAUUCCCCAAGGUUAAGGGGGACGAGGAACAGGAGCAGGACAACGUGGAGCGCAAGCAGGAGCUGACCGCUGCUCGCGCGCUGGAGAUCCUGAAGCGCAUUCCCAACGAGGACUGCAAGGCGCUGGGCUUCGACUGCCGCUUUACGCGGCCGGAUUGGAUGAUUAUCCAGAACCUGCCCGUGCCGCCGCCGCCAGUGCGGCCGUCCGUUAUGAUGGACAGCAGCAGCCGGUGCGAGGACGACCUGACUCACAAGCUGGCGGAAAUCCUCCGCACCAAUAACGCUAUCAAGAAACAGGACUCCACGGGCACACCGCAGCACGUUAUUGCUGAGCAGAUCAUGGCGCUGCAGUACCACAUCACCACCUACUUUGAUAACUCCAGUCCAGGCAUUCCCAGGUCCAACCAAAAGUCGGGUCGGCCGAUCAAGUCUAUCAGCGAGCGGCUGAAGGGUAAAUCGGGGCGCAUCCGCGGCAACCUGAUGGGCAAGCGUGUGGACUUCUCAGCGCGUACCGUCAUCACGGGUGACCCUAACAUCGGCAUUGAUGAGCUGGGUGUGCCCUGGUCCAUUGCGCUCAACCUGACCUUUCCCGAGACGGUGACGCCCUUCAACAUUGAGAAGCUUCAGAAGCUGGUGGAUAACGGUCCGAACCCCCCUCCCGGCGAGACGGGUGCCAAGCACAUCAUCCGGGAGGAUGGUCGCCGCAUCAACCUGGCGGUGCUGAAGAGUGGGGCGGACCGCCGAUUGGAGCCUGGGGACAAGGUGGGCGGGUUUUUUUGUGGGCGUUCCCACCGCCGACACACAUACACACACUCACACUCUCACCGUGUGUUUUUGCAACGUGCUUCGCACCUGCAGGUGGAGCGCCAUCUCACCAACGGUGACCUGGUGCUGUUCAACCGGCAGCCCUCGCUGCACAAGAUGUCUAUGAUGGGGCACCGAGUGCGCAUCCUGCCCUACUCCACCUUCCGCCUGAACCUGAGCGUGACGACGCCCUACAACGCCGAUUUCGACGGUGACGAGAUGAACAUGCACGUGGCACAGACACACGAGACACGCGCCGAGAUGCGCGAGCUGAUGAUGGUGCCUCGGAACAUCGUGUCGCCGCAGGCCAACAAGCCCGUCAUGGGCAUCGUGCAGGACUCGCUGCUGGGCACCCGCCUCAUGACGAAGCGUGACAUCUUUAUCGAGAAGGACGUCUUCAUGAACACCAUCAUGGGCAUUGAGGACUGGGACGGUACUGUGCCCAUGCCCACCAUCCUCAAGCCCAAGCCGCUGUGGACCGGGAAGCAGAUCUUCUCCAUGUUCGUUCCGGAUGUGAACCUGAAGAACAAGAGCGCCUGGUACAAGGACACGGACGUGCAAGACAUGUCUGUGGACGACUCGCAGGUGCUGAUUCGCUCCGGGGAGCUGCUUACGGGUGCGCUGUGCAAGAAGACCGUCGGCAACGGCGCGGGUGGUCUGGUCCACCUAACUUGGCUGGAGCAUGGGCCCCACGCGGCACGCGGCUUUAUCAACAAUGUGCAGCGCACCGUCAAUUACUGGGUGCUGCAGCACGGCAUGAGCAUCGGCAUCGGAGACACGGUGGCCGACGCCAAGACUAUGACCAAGGUCAACGAGAUUAUCGAGGAGGCCAAGCGUAAGGUGAAGGAGGUGGUGGAGAAGUACCAGCAGAAUGCGCUGGAAGCCCAGCCGGGUCGCACUAUCCACGAGAGCUUCGAGGCUCAGGUGAACCAGGUUCUGAACAAGUGCCGUGACGACGCCGGCAAGGCCGCCUACAUGUCGGUGGAUCUGUCCAACAACAUCAUCAAGAUGGUGACGGCGGGCUCCAAGGGCUCCAACAUCAAUAUCUCCCAGAUGAUGGGUUGUGUGGGGCAGCAAAACGUCGAGGGCAAGCGCAUUCCGUUCGGCUUCCAAAACCGCACGUUGCCGCACUUCAAUAAGGACGAUUUGGGUCCCGAGGCCCGCGGUUUCGUGGGCAACUCCUACCUACGAGGCCUCACACCGCAGGAGUUCUUUUUCCACGCCAUGGGUGGUCGCGAAGGUCUUAUCGACACGGCCGUCAAGACCGCCUCCACCGGUUACAUCCAGCGAAGGCUGGUCAAAGCCAUGGAGGACAUGGUGGUGCGGUACGGCGGUACCGUGCGUAACAGCCAGGGAGAUGUCGUGCAAUUCCUCUACGGCGAGGAUGGCAUGGAUGCUGUGCGCAUUGAGAGCCAGACGUUUGAGCACCUCAAGUGGGACCCGGUGAAAAUUGACAAGGUGUACCGGGUCGACACCUCACGCGACCUGGCGCCCGACUGGCUGUCCAACGAUGAGUACGAGGCGCUCCGUACAGACCCCGAGACGGAGCAGGCGCUCCGGGAGGAGAUGGCGCAGCUGAAGGAGGACCUGCGUGUGCUGCGGGAGGAGGUUCUUACCACCGGGGAUGAGAAGGUCAACAUUCCGCUCAACUUGGCGAGGUUGAUCUGGAACGCGCAGACCAAGUUCGGCUGCAAGCCGCACAGGCCUGGUUGGACGGGUUUGCCGGUGAAGGAGGUGGUGGUCAAGGUUCAGGACCUGUGCCGGCGGCUGGUGGUGGUGGUGGGAAGCGACGGGCUGUCCGUGGAGGCCCAGAGGAACGCUACCAUCAUGUUUCACUCUAUGGUCCGCAUGCACCUGGCCGUCAAGCGGGUGCUGUCCGAGUACAAGCUCAACCAGAAGGCCUUUGACUGGCUGUUGGGCGAAAUUGAGACGCGCUUCUUCCUGGCGCUGUCCCACCCGGGCGAUUGUGUGGGCACUGUGGCGGCACAAUCGCUGGGAGAACCUACGACGCAGAUGACGCUCAACACGUUCCACUUUGCUGGUGUGUCCGCCAAGAACGUGACGCUGGGUGUGCCCCGCUUGACGGAGCUUAUCAACCUGGCCAAGAACAUCAAAACGCCCACACUCACGGUGCACCUGCUGCCCGGACUGCGCGAGAACAAGGACCGGGCCAAGGAGGUUCAAGCCAAGCUGGAGUACACAUGCUUCAAGAACGUGGUCAAGACCACGGAGAUUUGGUACGACCCUGUGGAUCCCGGCAACCCCAACCAAACCAUUAUUGGGGAGGAUGAGGAGAUGCUCAGCAGCUACUACGACCUGGCAGGCGAGGAGGAUCUGGCGGUGCUGCCCCGGCUGUCUCACUGGCUGUUGCGCUUCGAGCUCAACCGCGGCACCAUGCUCGACAAGGGCCUGACGCUGGGAGCGGUGCAGAAGGCCCUGCAGGACGAGUGGGAGGACUUCAUUAACGUGCUGGUGAACGAUGAUAACGCGGAGAAGCUCAUCAUGCGCAUCCGAGUGAUGAAGACGGAGGAGGCGAGCAAGGACGAGUCUGCGGAUCCCACCGAGGACACGAUGCUCAAGUUGUCCGCUGCCAUCAUGGACGUGCGACUGCAUGGCGUGCCCAACAUCCGCAAGGUGUUCAUCCGCGCGGAAAACCAGCACAUCUACGACAGGGAACGUGGCUCCUUCCGGAAGUAUGAGGAAUGGAUCCUGGAUACUGAGGGCAUCAACCUGGAGCAGGUGCUGGCCUUUGAGGGCGUGGACCCCCGGCGCACCAUGUCCAACAGCAUCAUCGAGGUGCUGGAGGUGCUGGGGAUCGAGGCUGCGCGUGCUGCACUGCUGAAGGAGGUCCGCAACGUCAUUUCCUUCGAUGGCUCCUACGUCAACUACCGUCACCUGGCUUGCCUGGUGGACAUCAUGACAUGCAAGGGCUGUCUCAUGGCCAUCACCCGUCACGGCAUUAACCGCAAUGGGAACGGACCCAUGACGCAAUGCAGCUUCGAGGAGACGGUGGAUAUUUUGUACCGGGCGGCCAUGUUUGGCGAGCGUGACCGGCUGACGGGUGUGUCGGACAACAUCAUGAUGGGCAAUAUGUGUCCUCUGGGCACCGGCGCCUUCGAUCUGCUGCUGGACGAGUCGGCGUUGGAGAGCGCUUUUGACGUGCAGGCGAGUGUAUGUGCGAGUGCCACACCGGGCCGCUACACGCCAGGCCGCUCGCCGCACCGCACGCCUGGGCCCAUGUCGCCUUCGCACAUGCUAUCGCCCAUGCAUUCGCCCUUCAUCGGCGGCGGCGCGUUCAGUCCCAUCGUGGGCGGCGCCUUCAGCCCCGUGCAUGGCAGCGGGGCCCCCAUGUCGCCUGGCUACAGCCCGACGUCGCCUGGUUACAGCCCAACCUCCCCUGCCUACUCGCCGACGAGCCCGGCGUACUCGCCUACCUCACCUGCCUACUCCCCGACGUCGCCAGCCUAUUCGCCCACCUCCCCAGCGUACUCCCCCACCAGUCCGGCAUAUUCGCCAACGUCGCCGGCGUAUUCACCCACGUCGCCAGCUUACUCGCCAACCAGCCCUGCCUACUCCCCGACGUCGCCAGCCUACUCGCCAACCUCCCCGGCAUAUUCACCCACAUCCCCGGCGUACUCGCCCACGAGCCCGGCGUAUUCACCGACGAGCCCGGCCUAUUCACCAACGUCGCCGGCCUACUCGCCGACCUCACCCGGCUUCUCCCCGACAUCGCCGGCGUAUUCACCAACCAGCCCAACUUACUCGCCCACGAGCCCGACCUACAGCCCGACAUCGCCAACCUACAGCCCGACCGGUCCGGCCUACAGCCCAACUUCACCGUCGGAGCGCCCAACUGGCUCGCGCUUCAGCCCGGCGUCCCCCAACUACAGCCCCACCUCACCCAACUACAGCCCGACAAGUCCUCAAUACAGCCCUACAAGUCCGCAGUACAGCCCGACAAGUCCGCAGUACAGUCCGACAAGUCCGCAGUACAGUCCGACAAGUCCGCAGUACUCCCCUACGGCAGCCGCCAAGCCAAGCCCCGCCUAUUCGCCCACAGCGGACGUCUCCCCAGUGUAUUCCCCUACCGCAGACGUGUCACCAUCGUACUCCCCGACGGCGGAUGUCAGUCCACCGCAGGGCGGCGCGGGACCGUCACCGCUGACUGGCGGCGGCGGCCAGGAGUACUCCCCAACUAGCGCACACUACAGUCCAGGCGUGCUGGCGGGUCUAUCCCCGCCGUUUGGCCAAGGCGGAGGCGGUGGCGGUGGCGGAGGGCAGGGGACGGGGACAUAUAGCCCGCAACGGACCAGCCCAACAUUUAGUCCAUCAUUUAAACCGUGAACUGAUUGCGUGUGGUAGCUGCGGCUGGAUGGAGGCUGGAUGAACGAACGGAUAAAGAGGACCGCGGAAAGGACCUGGCCGCGUUAUACUUGGGAUGGAUAAUAGUUAGGUUUUAGGGUUUGAUAUGCUGGUUGAGAUUCCGCAGGGGGGCUGGCAAGCAGAGGGGAGGGAUUUAUGGCGUAGUGGGAUAGCAUGCUUUCGGUGUGAUGGUGAAAUAGUUUGGCUACGUGCGCCAUGUCAUGUUGGGCACCGGACGGGUUUUGCUUGCUGUUCAACGUAUAGUGGUUGCAAGGGCGUUGAGGAUUGUGAAUUACUUUGUAUUACUGGUAUGGCGGGAAAGGGGGCAGAACUGAAAUGCAAACCCAAGAGACGACCUGGCAGUAUACGAAAUUGGAUGUUUCUUGAUGGUACAAAAAUACUCGUCGUGUUUUUGACUUCUGAGGCCUGGCAAAUGGCUGUCUCGUAUGGCUGAAUGGGCAUUUCCCGUUGACAGCUGAGGAGAACGGCAGCACAUUCGUAAACUAGAGACGAAACCGACAAUCUUGUUGCGGAUGGGUCCGGAAAUGGCAAGUACUGCUAGCCCCUACUGGUGGCUAGCGUAGCGCUCACGGCAUGCGAUGAUUGCGUAUCGCAUCCGCGUUUGCAACGGCAGCAGAUUGUUUAGGAGCACUCCGCUCAGUCCUGGAUUUCGUGCCCGGUGCAGGUCAUUAACUCUCCAACAAUGCAGGUCGGGUUCCUGUGCGGGCCGGGUGUGCGCUUUUAAUGGAUCCGGUUUCCGUUCAGGAUCCGGCAGCGUCAGGUCAUUUGAUGUGAUGUGCACGCAGAGGCCGUGUGUGUGGAAGGGAGGAUGCGGCGUGAAGGUGUGCUCGCUCCCUCCCUAAUCGCAGGCAGGGAAAAGGAGAGGGCCAGGGUC